AUGCGUUUCUUCCUCACGCUCUCUUCAUUUGUUGUGUCGGUGCUAGCUGCGAGCCGUACUACUGCACCUUCUGGUGCCAUUACUGUCGGGUCUGGUGGCAAGUUUACAACAAUUCAAGCCGCUAUAAAUUCUCUCAGUACGACUUCCACCACGGCACAAAGCCUAUUUAUCCUUGCUGGGACCUACAAUGAGCAAGUUAUCAUUCCGGCAAGAAAAGCGGUUCUCAGUAUCUAUGGCUAUACCAAAGAUACAACCUCGUACACUGGCAAUGUAGUCAACAUUCAGCAUAGCUCAAGUCUGCUUAGUGGUGCCGCUAAUGACCAGGCUACGGGUACCGUUCAAAACAACGCAGCAAGCACCAAAUUCUAUAACAUCAACAUCAAGAAUACUUACGGAAAAGGAUCUCAGGCCAUUGCAUUAGCCGCUUACGGAGACCAGCAAGGAUAUUAUGGUGUUGGUCUUUACGGUUACCAAGAUACUCUGCUCGCCAAUACCGGAAACCAAGUCUAUGCAAAAUGUUACAUUGAAGGAGCUGUCGAUUUUAUCUUCGGUCAACACGCAAGAAUCUGGAUUGAUAGUUCAGCAAUCGCUGUAUCUGCGUCCGGCGGAGCUAUCACAGCCAAUGGAAGGGCUACUGCUGAUGAUGUCUCCUACUAUGUCAUUAACAAGUCCACUGUUGCUGGUACUUCCAGUUCUGUUACAUCUGGCUCCGUGUACCUCGGACGGCCAUGGACCCAAUAUGCUAGGGUCUGCUUCCAGAAUACGAGCUUAGGAGCCAUCAUCAACAAGGCAGGCUGGGAAGUAUGGAGCACAUCUGAAGCUAGAACGGGAAACGUUCUUUUCGAAGAGUACAACAACAGCGGAACCGGUGCUUCUGGAACUAGAGCUAGCUUCGCGACCAAGCGAAGCACUGCACUUUCGAUAAGCACUCUUCUGGGAAGCACAUAUACCAGCUGGGUUGAUACAACCUAUUUGGGUUAG